AUGUCAGGCUGCCCUUGUCACCUUAUAUUCCAGUCUACCUGUCUUUAUUUUCUACCCAGGCAAUACACUGUUAUUUCCUUAGCUGUGAAACUUCAGGGGCAGCUUGGAUUCUUCAUUGUUCCCACUUUGUUGAUCAGCAGCAGAGGCUCUUGCUAUUUUUUUCCACUCCAUGCUUCUUGGCUAUUUUUUUCUUUUGAGCACUAUAAUCUCUUACCUCUGGUCUCUUUUUCUGCAGUUAAUCCUUCUCCUAGUUCUGACAUUAGUGUUCCUAAAAUACUACUUUCCUCUUGUUACUUUUCUGUUCAGGGCCUUCGAAUUACUUCCCAUUGUUAG